AUGAAACGUUUCAGCUUUUCAAAUAAUAGAUCUGGAUCUCGAUCAGCGGAUCGGAGUUCUCGUUCCCGUUCCCGUUCUCGCUCAACAUCACCGUUAGCCUUGGAAAUGGAACCUCCGUUUCAAGUAGUGAAAACUCGAAGAGAAAUUGCAACUAAUGGGAAAAGAAGACUCCAAAAUAACCUGACAAAUAAUGGAAGCUCAAGCAAAAAAAGAACGAGGUUCAUUGCAGGCAAUUCCACUGCCCAACAUAACCUCAACACAAUUGAGAAGACAAUUUUCCUUUUUACUUCUCGUUUUAGCCCAGAAACAAAAAGUGAGGACAUUGAACAGUACUUAACAAAUAAGAAAGAUGGAAAAUAUGUUGUUGAUAAGCUCAACUCAAAGCGACCAGACUUGUACUCUUCGUUUAAAGUAGAACUGUAUUUCUAUUGUUGUAGAGAUCAGUGUGGCGAGACACAUGAAACAUACUCUAAUUGGCUUCAUGAAGAAAAUACUUGCUCAGAUUCUCAAGAUAUUGGUGAUUUUGGAAGUUCUCUGAUUAAAGACAUUUACACAUCUAUCAAAAAGGCAGAAUAUGAUUUAGCCAAUCCAUCAGAUUACCCUCCCCACUACAGUCCUCAGGAGGGAGAAGAGUUUGAUUUCAUCAUUGUUGGUUCCGGCUCAGCGGGGGCUGUCAUUGCCAACCGCUUGUCUGAGAUCUCAGAGUGGAACAUACUCCUUCUUGAAGCUGGUGGUAACCCUACAAAAACUACUGAGAUACCCAGUGUUUACAUGGCACUUUCUAAGUCUGAGUUGGAUUGGCAGUACCAAACAGAUCAGUCUGAGGAUAACUGUCUCGGGAUGGUAAACAAUAGUUGUAAUAUGCCAAGAGGAAAAGUGCUUGGAGGCACAAGUGCGAUUAAUGGGAAUAUGUAUGUUAGAGGAAACUGGAGAGAUUUUGAUUCAUGGGCAGCUGCAGGAAAUGAAGGCUGGGAUUAUGAAAAUGUUCUAAAAUAUUUCAAAAAAUCAGAAAACAUUAAAUCAAAAGAGGUUCUGCAAACUUCAAAUUAUCAAAAUUACCAUGGAGAAAAUGGAUUUUUAACAGUAGAUUCAUUUAAUGAUUAUGGAUUAGAUGGUUUAAUUAGUGGAUUUGCGGAAGGAAUGAAAGAACUUGGAUAUGAUACUAAUAUGGAUGUAAAUGGAGAAUCCCAAACUGGGUUUGCAAAAGUACAAGGAACAAUUAUUAAUGGAAAACGUUGCAGUACUGCUAAAGCUUUUUUAAGUCCAAUUAAGGACAGAACAAAUCUGAAAAUUUCUAAAAACUCUUUAGUGACCAAGCUAAUUAUGGGUAAAACUACUAAGACAGCACAUGGGGUGACAUUUUUUGAUAAACAAGGUAAAGAGAUCCAAGUCAGAGCAAGAAAAGAAGUCAUUAUUUCUGCUGGUGCUAUAAACUCUCCACAGCUUCUAAUGUUAUCAGGAAUUGGACCCAGAAAACACUUAGAAGAGUUGGGCAUUGAGGUGAUCCAAGAUUUGCCUGUAGGUGAGAAACUACAUGAUCACAUGAUAAUGGUAGGACUUGUGUUGUCUUUUAAUUACACAAGAGAAAUCAAGUCAAUUACUGAUCAUAUGUAUGACUUUCUGAAAACAAGUAACAGCAAAUUAUCAAGUAUAGGUAUGUUGGGGUACUCAACUUUUAUAAAUACACUUGAAAACAAAAUUGAUUUUCCGGAUAUGCAGAUACAACAUGGUAACUUUGAAGUUAAUGAUGUAAAAUCACUUGCUUUAAUUUUAGAUCGUUUGGGUCUUAGGGAAGAAAUAAGUAAGCAGUAUCAUGAAAUCAAUUCUAAGAGAUACAUUGUACUGUUACUACCAACAUUGCUUAGACCGGCCAGCACAGGUAAGAUAUUGCUGUCAUCUACAGAUCCCACUGACAAACCACAAAAUCAUAACAGGAUUCCUAUCAAACGAUGA